CGUUGUUGGUCAAACUGAAUCUACUUGAAUGCGCUCGUGUUUUUAAACGCUUUGGAAGGUUUGGAACGUUUGGAAGUACAUAUAGGGGAUUCUUUUACGGGAUUGGUGUGUAGGUACUUUUCAAGCUGUGAAAUCACUUGCAUCUGCACUGGAUUGUGUUUUGCCUGCAAUGGAGAGCCAUAAUGGUUUACUGGAGGUGAAUGAAAUGCAACAGAUAGUUGAGAUGUACAAACAGAAACUCCAUGAGAUUCAGUCUGAACUUGCUAUAGCACUUAUGAUGCAAAAGGAACAUUCUGCUGAUGUAGAAGCUAUACAGAAGAAAUAUGACAUAGAUCAAGCAGCUGCAGUGCUCCGAGAGAAAGAUUUGGAAGGAAAGUUUUCACUUACUGUGAAAGAGCUGUCAGAGAAGAUUAUCUUGUUGGAGAAAGAGAAGAAAUCUGAAGAGGACACUCAUAAGAUUGAAAUUAAGGAAAUGGAAUGUAAAGUGAAGCAGAUGGAGCAACAUCUGGAAGAAGUGCUUGAUGCAAGGAAUAGUGAUGAGCUGAGAGAAUUGCAGUUGGAAAAUGAAGCAUUACAGGAGAAAGCAGUAGAACUCCAUAUACAAUGUCAACAAAUAAAAGAUGAGAAUAUCCAACUAACAACGAAGAUAGCAGAACUAACCAGUGACCUGAGUGAAGCUAAUGCAUGUUUAGCAGUGAAACAAGAGGAUUUGGCAUCUUGUAAGAACUGCCUUAUGAGUGCUCAAGCAGAACUGGCGAUAACUAAAACUGAGCUAGAGGUCCUCAAGUCUAAUCCACAGCCUAAAGGCCAGAAGGGUAACUCACUGUUUGCUGAAGUUGAGGAUAAACGGUUGGACAUGAAAAAAAGACUGGAUGCCGUUCUUCACAAGUACCGUCAUUUGAAAAAAAUGUACAUGGAUAAAUGUGCUGAAGACAAUAGGAUCAGUGCAGAGUUUGUAUUCCUGAGACGAAAAUGUGAUCAAAUACUGUUAGAAAUCCAAAUUCAGGAGAAACAACUGACUGACUCAUAUAAGACUCGCAUCAAGAAUCUGGAGGAACAGGUGCAGAAAUUACAAAGACAACAGAAACCACCAUACAUCAUCAACAACACGGAUAAUGCCACGAUGAAGUUUGUCGAAACAUACAUCGAGUCCACCAGAAAAGAGUGUAAAAAAGUGAAGGAAGAACUGGAGGCCCAGUCUGUUUGUGCUCUAUUUAGCAACGAGACUUUGUUCAGAACACAACAUGAGCUUCAAAGGAAGGAGGCAGAGCUCAUGCAGGCCAAAGUUCAGAUCACUGAACUGCAGAAACAGAUAAAGGAGAAGAAAGACAAAUUGGAGGAUUAAAUUCAGCAUUGAUCCAGAGAGUUCAGUUCUAAUUAUGGCUAUGAUCAAUUGUUCUUGUAGUAUGUUUUGUAUAUUAAGUAUGAGGCUGUAGCUCAGUUAGCAAUUCUACAACAUCUGAUAUGGGAACACAGUCCAAACAGUUUUCACAGUUUUUUUUCUUUAGCUGGAGAGGGGCUGGGUUGAGUUAAAAUCAGGGGUGAAAGCAGAUAAGUAAUAUAAUAACUGCUGUGCCUUUCACAGUUCAGAGGGCUUAAGGUGUUUCCAGAGUGGUUUGUAGGAUAAGAGAAUUCUAAAAAUCAAAUGUAAAACUGUAAAUGUAUGAAGUCAUAUGUUUUAUAUCAUGGUAUAUGUCAUAAUUUUAAUUUCAUUGUAUAUUUUCUUUCAUUUUUUACAUACUGUAGAGUAUAUUUGGGAAGUAGCACGAAAUGUAAAGUGUUUAUAUGGGCAAUGUCAAUUUUCCAGGUGUCAAACAGGAAGUGAUUUAGCCAAAUCUGCUGUUAUUAAUUAUUUUGAAGUUUCACAGUGGAAUGUUCAAAUCUAGAUAUCUGACUUUAAUGUUCACAUUUUCUGCCACAUAAAAUCAUUUAUAUUGUGAUUUAUAAAUUUGUUACAUAAGAAAGAGGUUGAUAUUAGAAACCAAAAUUGUGA